UCCCCGCUCCGUGGAACCCCCCGCCCCCCCCCCACCGGUGGCCACCAUGGCCACCCUGAACCAGCUGCACCGGCAGGGCCGCCCCAGCCCCCCCCCAAAAAAACUGGGCCCCCUGCAGGGGCGCCCCCAGAUCAAGGGGGUGGUGCUGAAGAACCUGAUCCGCAAGCCCAAGAAGCCGAACUCCGCCAACCGCAAGUGCGUGCGCGUGCGGCUCAGCACCGGCCGCCAGAUCGUCGCCUUCGUCCCCGGCGAGGGCCACAACCUGCAGGAGCACCACGCCGUGCUGGUGCAGGGCGGGCGCACCCAGGACCUGCCCGGGGUCAAGGUCACGGUCGUGCGGGGCAAGUACGACUGUGCGCAUGUGCAGAAGAAGAAGGACAAGUGACCUGGGACGGAUUAAAGGCUGUUGGUUA